UCGUGACGUCACUACCAGCGAGGUGCCAUAACGGGCAUCGGCGGCGGGCGGGCCUGCAGACGGUUCCGGCGGUGGGAGCUGUGUGGUGGUUUGCUGGUCAGGUAGCGGCGGAAGCGGUGCUGGGCGACCUGAGCGUCUCGCCAUGAGCCGUGGGAACCAGCGUGAACUUGCCCGCCAAAAGAACCUGAAAAAAACUCAGGAGAUCCACAAAGGCAAAAGGAAAGAAGAUAGCUUGUCUGCUUCUCAGAGGAAACAGCGGGACUCUGAAAUCAUGCAGCAAAAGCAAAAAGCAGCUAACGAAAGGAAGUCUCUGCAGGCAGGAGCAAAAUGAGCUGCCACUGUGGAGAAGACAGAAUGCAUCGUUGAAGGACGAUGGAGGACCUAGAAGAUCAUUCGUAAAAGUGUCUGGCCAUUUAAUGAUUAAACGUUCCUUUUGCAGAGAUGUUGAACUAGCAUUAGUUAUUUUCUAGUUACUAUAAGCCUAGUUGUCUACAGUGCUCUUUCGAAACUGACUACACUCUUCUGCAUGUGUAUGAAUAAAAGUACCAAGCAAUAGCUUUAUUCUGGCUUUUGCAUUUGUUAGUUUUACUUAGUGGUUCUGGUAACAGAAUUUCUGAAUCUACAGUUAGACCAGAUUUGUUUGCCUGAAUUCUUGAAAGUACAGCUUCAUUCAGAAUGGAACACACUUGUAAAAUGUGCUUAAACUUGCAGAGGUCUGAACUGUAAAUCUCAAAAUAUUUUUACAAUAAAAUGUUGCAUGAAA